AUGGCCCCCUCUGCGCUCCGCAGGACAGCCGGCCGCGUCGUCGUGGGCAUCGUCGGUCUUGCUGUCGGUGCCAGCGUCGUGUCACGUGUCAAGCGCGCCGGCGCCCGCCUCACGGAGGAUCCCGCGACGAAUGCCGCGCGUGCCGUCAUCGGCCCUGACGGCGUUGUCAAGACAGAUGUGCUGAUCGUUGGCACCGGCGGCCCGGCCCUCACGGCCGCCCUGCGCGCCAAGUCCCUCGGCCUCGACACCCUCGUCGUCGAGAAGAAUGCCAAGGUCGGCGGCACCUCCUGCUUCUCCGGCUCCGGCCUCUGGAUUCCCAACACCCACGUACACAACGACGCAGACGACUCCAUCGAAAAGGCCUUGACCUACAUGGGUGCCAUCAUCGGCGACGCCGGUCCGGCCUCGUCCGGCCCCCGCCGCGAGGCCUUCCUACACCAAGGCCCGGCCAUGGUCAAGUGGCUCGAGAACGCUGGCUACCAGUGGCGCCGCACCCCCGUCUACCCCGACUACUUCCAGGACAAGCCCGGGUCGCAAGUCGGCGGCCGCAGCAUCGAGGCCCUCAUGUACGACGCUGCCCUGCUCGGCCCCUGGCGCGACAAGCUCAACAUCAACCCCGUCCGCCCCCCGCUGCCGCUCUACACCGACGAGCUGUCCAAGAUUGUGCGCGCCCGCUGCUCCCUGGACGGCUUCUUGACCGCCGUCAAGAUCUGGGGCCUGCGCCUGUACCCGAACCAGUUUCUCGGCGCCGAGCCCGUGUGCCUGGGCGUCAGCAUGAUCAGCCGCCUCCUCUACAUGAACGUCAAGCAGGGCACGCCCAUCUGGACGUCCAGCGCCAUGACCGAGCUGGUGGUCGACAAGGCGAGUGGCCGCGUGACGGGUGCCAAGGUCGAGCACGACGGCCGCACUGUGACGGUCGAGGCAUCCCACGGCGUGAUCCUGGCCGCCGGCGGCUUUGCCCGCAACGCCGAGAUGCGCACGACCUACCAGGCGCCGCCCAUCACGGCCGACUGGACGUCCGCCUGCCAGACCGACCAGGGUGACGCCAUCACGGCCGCCCAAAAGAUUGGUGCCGCCACGGCGCUCAUGGACUCGGCCUGGUGGGGCGCCGCCAUGUACGACCCCGUGUCCAAGCUGGGCAUCUGGUGUCUGUACGACCGCGGCCUGCCGCACUCCAUGAUUGUCGACAAGCAGGGCAAGCGUUUCCUCAACGAGUCGCAAAACUACAAUGCUCUCGGCACGGCCAUCUGGAAGCGCCACAAGGAGGGCCCCGCGGCCAUCCCGGCCUACCUGAUCAUGGACACCAACCACCGCAACCGCUACCUGCUCGCCGGCCGCUUCAUGCCCGGCAGCGCCAUCCCGCAAAAGGACCUGGACUCGGGCUUUGUCACCCAGGCCGACACCCUGCCCGACCUGGCGGCCAAGCUGGGCAUUGACGCCGACGGCCUGCGGGCCACCCAGGCACGCUUCAACGGCUUUGUCGACAAGGGCGUCGACGACGACUUUGCGCGCGGCACCAGCGUCUACGACUUCUACCUGGGCGACCCGGCCUACGGCAACAAGAACCGCAACCUGGGCAAGAUCGAAAAGGGUCCCUUUUACGCUGUGCGUAUCUGGCCCGGCGACCUGGGCACCAAGGGCGGUGUGCUGACGGAUGAGUUGGGCCGUGCCCUAAAGGAGACAAAAGACGGCCAGUAUGCCGUGAUCCCCGGUCUGUACGCGGCCGGCAACUCGUCCGCCAGCGUCAUGGGCCGCACGUACGCCGGCGCCGGGGCGACACUGGGCCCCGGCCUGACGUUUGCGUGGAUUGCCGCGACCGACUGCGCGCGGUCUGCAGGUGUUCCGGGAAGCAAGCUGACGGUGUAG